CCAUACAGCCACUCCAGUGUCUGUUUGAACUUCGCAGUGUUCGGUAUUAUCGGUAAAACAUAAUAUGGCGGGAGGAAGUUUGGACAAGAUCCUAACUGCGGGUUUGGAUAAGAUGUCAAGCAGUUUGGAUAAGAUGCCGAAAGGAAAUGGCGGGAAACAGGCAGAUGGCGGGAACGCCAGAAAGGAGGAGGCAGAGAAUGUACCUGCCGAAGAAUCAACGUGUAAAAGGGGAGAGGAGAAGAAGAGUACAAAUGGGGGAGGUGGUGAUCCUGCGUCCAUUGGCGAGGGCGCUAAUGCGUCUCCUAGUAGUACUCGUACCUUUCCUCCGAGCAAUGAAGGUCCUGCUAUGAAGUCGAGCUCCCUGGGAGAAAGGAUGAGCCAGAAGCUGACCAAGCAAUUAUCGGUGAUCGUUCGCGGAGAGGGAGGAGGCGCCAUGGACUGGUUUCACAGCUUGAAACAGCCCUUUCUGCCAAGGGCCAGCGAAAAACUCCAAAUGGAAUCUGGAAACCAAGAACUCCAAGUGGAAUCUGGAAAACAAGAGGAGGAACUGCAAACGGAAUCAGCUCGCAACGAAGACGAACUGCAAACGGAAUCUCGAAACGGAGAGGAAGAGCUGCAAACGGAAUCACGGAACGAACAGAGUAAAGAUAGGAAGAAAUAUUUGAUUGGAUCUUACAAUCCAGAAGACGUAGAACUAGUUUUGCAGCCUUUUCCUUGGGGAAAAGGGGAGGAGAAGGAUUGCCUAGGGGAGGAACUAGAGGCAGAACCCUCCGUUGGCCAGUCCGUUGGUCAGUCCGUGGGGAUAACGAUGGUGAACGUGUUCGACAGCGCUGAUCUGUCUGUGUUGCCGGAAGCUAACGAAGAGGGAUCGGGGGAGGAGGGAAUGUGUCUUGCUGACGACGAACUUAACAAAAUGGUUGACUGUUUGACGAGCGACGUGAAUAACACAAACGGGUCCGAAAUCAACAGCGGAAACGUCAGUUUCGGCAAUAUCGAGAAUUUCAAAGAAAAAGAUGGCGGGAACGUCGGUGUUGGCAAUACCGAGAAAGAAAAGAACGGCGGGAACGUCGGUGUCGGCAAUACCGAGAAAGCAGAAAACGGCGGGAAUGUCGGUGGCGGGAAUGUUGGUGGCGGCAAUAUCGAGAAAGAGGUAAAUGGUACACGAAAGACGGGAGACAAGACCAACGAAAAAGAAAUCAACGGCAUCAACAGCAGUAGCGGCAACGGGGUGGUGAUCCUCCGGGACGGGCUCGGGAUUGCAGCUGGCACAGCUGAAGUUACUGAAGAAAGAGCGAGUGCGUUGGUGCUCGUCGGGUCGGGAUCGGUAGCCGCGACAUCUACGUCAACAAGCCUGGUAUCCGUUCUGCCGGGAUCGGCAGCAGCAGUCGCAGCAGCUUCCGCGGGAACAAGCAUGGUGUCAGCCGGGUCAGGAUCGGUAGCAGCAGCAGCAGCAGCAGCAGCGCCUACAGCAGCAAGCGCAAGCGCAUCGGUCUUGAAGGGAGCGACAGUUCGGCCGCACCACGUGGCACAACGUCGCAGAGAUGAGAAAGGACCAGAAGCAGGAGCAUGUGUAGGCGGAAGAGGAGGAGGAGGAGGAGGAGAGAACAUUACCGCCGCCGCUGGUUCGACAUUCUCUGCCACAGAGGUUUGUACUAGUGCUAAAAAUAGCACUCGUGGGAGCAGCAGCAGCACCAGCAGUAACAGUGCUAUAACUACCCUGCUUUAUCCCUGCGAUCGGCAGCAUAGGGUACUCUAUCCCCCUGCAUGUGGAUUUAAUCCAAUCCGCAUAAACUGUGGCAAGAGAAUAACACCUGCACAAGACAAAUCUGUUUCUCAAGAUAAAGAAUCUUCUUCUUUCUGGGUGUCGUCAUCGACAAUUAAGGCUCUGUCAUCCCCGGCAAAUGGCGCAGCAGCAGGAGGAAAAGGUGGGGGGAGUUACCACGCGCUGCCAUCCCGACAGAACUCAACUGCAGUUCCGCCUGUGUCAACUCCCAUUCCUGGCUCUCACCCUCAUUCUUCUCCCUCUUCUUCUUCUUCUUCCGCUUUUACGGCUUCUACGGCUUCUUCGAUUUCUCACCCUCAUUCUUCUCCCUCUUCUUCUUCUUCUUCCGCUUUUACGGCUUCUACGGCUUCUUCGAUUUCUUUGGAUUCGAAAGAUAAGUCUGAUAUGGAUGGAUUGCAGGGGGGAACCAGUUCGUCAUCGCGGGAGGAGAGAUUAGGAGUGGAGAAUAGGAAACAACUGGCUGUUGCUGGAUCCCAAAGGGGAGAGAGAACGGGAGUAGAGGAUGGCGCUGUAACGGGUGGUGUUGCAGAUAUGACUCGUAGCAGCCAGGGAGGUAUUCUGAAGCAGCACCAAUUAGGAGAGGGGGAGGUGAAGAGAAGAGCAUUUCCAUCGCCGCCGUCGAUCUUGACUCCUUCGCCGCCGCCGCCGCCGCAGCCGCUGCUGGGUCAAAGGUUCGAACCCAAACGGGGACAGAAGGGUGGUGGUCCCGGGCUGUUGGGUGGAGGCCGUGGGAAUAAUGCUCCAGGUGGCUCUCGCAUGAUGGGAGCAGCUGCAGCAGCAGCAGGGUUGACGUCAACACCUGGACCGCUCUCACCUUGCCCUGCCAGAGGAUACGCCGCGGCCGUCGGCCGGUCGCUCGUCCGUCCUCCACCAUAUCAAGGAAAGGACAAGUUCGACGAAGUUUCCCCAUCUUAUCCAGGAAGGAACAAGCAGAGUAAUUAUGACUUGAACGAAGUAACUGUUGAGAAUAGGGCGGAGAGAGUAGGCGUAAGGAGGAGCGAGGAGGGCUGUGCCAGUGCUGCUGGUGCUGGUGAUGACGCACUUGGCAAUGAAACAGGUUUACCUUUGCUGGUGGAGGAAAUGGUUCAGGACCUGUGGGAGGAGAACGAGGAUCCAUCAGUCCCGAUCCGAACUGGGGAGGCGGCCGCCAGUCGAGAUGAGGAUGAUCCUACGGUCGUGGCAGCAGCAUCAUUGGAUACAAAGCGAAGUGCGGGAGGAGGAGUAGGGAUAACAAGACGCGUGUCAGCCGUAGGAAGCGGCGGUGGGAUGAAGAGAAUUGGAGGAGAAGGGGGGAUUAGAGAUGGGGGUGGUGGAGGUGGAGGUGGAACAAGGCAGGCACUUGGCGUCCGGACCCCGGCGGUCUCGUUUGCAGCAGCUGCUGAAGGACAGCGCAGCCUGCGCAGGGAUGAGCCGGGAUCCCUGUCGCCGCCGUCGGUUACCACACAUCAAAGCCACAUUCCUUUGCCACUAGGAUAUCGGAGAGGUCUCCCGGGGAUGAUUGCUGAGGAGGAGGGAGCAGUAGCAACGCCAGCAGGAGGAGGAGGUGGUGGAGGUGGUGACAGUGCUUCAUCGAUUGCGGAAGGGGUGCUGGCUAUGGCGGGUAGGCCUGGUGGUCACGUGCCAUUUCAGCAGAUUAGGCAAGCUGGACCACGAGGGGUUUCUGCAGGAGGGGGAGGAGGAUUGGGAUCAUUAGGAGCAGCAGCAGGAGGAGUAGCAGCAGGAGGAGCAGCAGGAGGAGGAGGAGGAGGAGGAGGAGGAUAUAAUGUUGGGACUUCGAGAGCGACUGGUCUGUCUGCGGCCGCCUCUCAAUCUUUGACGGUCGUGCCACAUCGGCAUAGUCCCACUUUCCGCCAAGCCGGUGGACCGGGAUCGGGAUCAGGCUAUCCUGUUGGUAGUGGACUGCACGCUUCUCCUUACCUAUCACCAUCGCUGCAAGCUUCGCUCACACCCAUACUCGGUGGAGGAGGGAUGGGCAUGGCUGCCAUGGCGGCGCAGUUUGGAAGAAGGCCAAGCUCGCCGACCAACACAGUAGAAGUGGCAGAAGCCGCAGCAGCUGGCCCGGCUAUGGGCGGGCGCGCCGGGGGGGCAUCGACAGGGACAGUCAUGACUGGACCUGCGGCGGUAUCCCCCAGAGCAGAUUCUGGACCUGGUACAGCAGCUGGAGCCUCCAUGGCGAAGACCGGCUUGUCUUUGGACACUGUAGGCGGAGCAGCCGAUGGUUCCUGCGGUACCGGACCAACUGUUCCCGCUGGCGCUGCCACGGGAAGUGGAAUCGGUUCCAUCGCUCCCGUGAUGCUCAUGCCUCAAGGAAUUAUCUGUCAAUCCCCAUUGAUGCGGGGACAAGCUGGUCAUCACGCGCACGCGUCCAGAAUGAAGCCCGGAGGAGUAGUGGGAGGAGGAGGAGGAGGUGGUGGUGGAGGUGGCAGUGGUGGCCUGUUCCCUGCUCUGAGUCCCUCUCCCUCUCCCUUAGGAAUCUUCGGAGGCUCCGGUGGAGCCAUGGGGGGAGUGGGCGGAGGAGGAGGGGGAGGGGAUGGCAGUUUACUCGAUCUUCAAGAGAUGCAGCAAGAACUUCUGUAUGGCGCCGCCGGAUUUGGACCAAUUAGAGGAGCGCCCUCGCCCACCGGCAUCACGGCAGAGCAAUAUGGAAAGUUCCAGCACCAGCUGCAGCAGCAACACCAUAUGGCUGCGGCGCAGUCGCAGCAUCAACUUUUGCAGGCGGCGGCAGCAGCAGCAGCAGCAGCAGCAGCAGGAGGAGGAGGCGGAGGAGGGGCAGGGUUCAUUCCCCAAGCCCCUCCUUCGCCGUCCUCAUACCAAUUGUUUCUGCAACAGCAGCAGCAGCAGCAGCAGCAGCAGCAGGUUGAUCGACGGUCAGCGAUGAAAUUGACAAUGGCAGGACCUGGUGGUCCUGUUGCAAUCGGAAGGGGUUCAAACUCUGGACCUGGAACAGCUUUCCAACCAGGAACGGGGAACUCUGGACCUGGAGUUGCUGGCCCUGCUGGGCAUCUUGGAAUCAUAAACACCUCAGGUAAUGCAGCAGGUUUUAACGGUUCGAUGAGCUCGCCAUUGGGAGGAGGAGGAGGAGGAGGAGGGGGAGUGAUUGGCGGUGGGCGUAUGGGACCUCAGAGUCGGGGUCCACAUAACGCACUCACGCUCGCUGGUGGAGGUAACGGCAUCUCGAUGGCCAAUCCACUGGGAGGUGGGGUUUCGGCCGCCGGAUCCCGAAGUCCCCAUCGGACGAAUGGUGGACCAGGUUCAGGAUCUGGUCCAAGUGGCGGAUCCACGGUCAUUUCUGGACCUAGGUCUAUGAUGCUGAGAUUGCCCGUGCUGCAAAUUCCUGGCGCAUACGACCGACAUGCGGUUUCAGGUCAAGAGUCGACUUCGAGAGAGUUGACCACCCCGAGCGGGAUCGGGACCGGGGACGGAACACCGUCUGCACCUGGUCUGAUGCAUGUUGGAUCCUGUCGUAUCUUACCGAUGCAGCAGCUGUCCGCUUGUUCGGCAGGAGUGGGAAUGGGAGGAGGAGCCGGCGGUGGUGGAGUCCCUGGAGUGGUGAUUAGCCCGCCGCUGAGCCCCUCGGACGCAGGAGCAGUUGCUUCCUCUGGCGCGUUGACGGCAACAACUCCGACUACCCCGCAAUCGCCCCACAGUUUGUACAAGACGGAGUUAUGCAGGUCGUGGGAGGAGACCGGAACGUGCCGCUAUGGUGGAAAAUGUCAGUUCGCGCAUGGGAAGGAGGAGCUGCGGCCUGUUGCUAGGCAUCCAAAAUACAAAACUGAGAUCUGUCGCACCUUCAGCUCCAAUGGAACAUGCCCAUAUGGUACACGCUGCCGCUUCAUCCAUUAUAGGACAGCCUUACAGCCUGAUCCACCUAGCCCAGUCUCAAGCCCGUGCGCCAGGCCGGCAUCCUGUGCGGCAGGCGCUGCUAAGCUGAUUGCUUCAAGUCCGCUCAAAGAGGACGAUGGGAACAUGAGAAGAUUGCCCAUUUUUCAGAGACUGGCACCUGGCAGUUCCGAGUCGCCACAGUUCGAAAUGACAGGUUUAGCCAGCGGAGACCAUCUCGGUCAAACCAGAUUUGACCAACAGAUUCGAGCAACAAAGCCAGGGUCUGUGGAUUGGUCAGCUCGAGGUCCAGCUCCUGUAGGAGGAAGUCCUGUAGGAGGAAGCGGGAAUGUAGUCAGUUUCUUGAGAGUUUCUGCGGUAAGUGAGGAGCCACUGCUGGUAACCUGGGAUUUGGAAGGAGCAAUGUGAGAGCUGCUGUACUGAUGCAGACUUUAGUCGAUGGAUAGUUUGCUGCAGUGCAGUGCGCAAAUAAUUGAGGACAUCUAAUGGCUAAUGGGCAUGUGGAAAUCAAGGAGAUGGUCAUCACCAUGUGCAAUUUGUGAGAGGUUUACACCAAUCACCGCGUGUAAUUUGUUAGGGAAUGGCGAUUUCACGACGCGACAGUUUUGCAGUGUUGUAGUGACGUUUUGCUGACUCAGUCAGUAGUGAUGUUUUGCUGACUCGGCUUUCACAGCAUACGGCUCGUCAUGGGGACGCUUUUUCUGACUCGAUUCUUUAUUGGAUAAUAAUAAGGCUCAUCAUGUUGAUGUCUUGGUGCCUCAGCUUCAUGCUAUCAAUUCAGUCCUCUCGGCAAUGGGAUGGGAUGGGAUGGGAUGGUGUGUGUAUGAUUUGGGAGCAAGAGCAUGAAAACGGAUCCAAGUAAAGUAUGUAAGAUAAA